AUGGCUCCUAAGAAGAAGGGAAACAAGCGCCAGGAUGAAGACUGGGAGGCCGAUCUUGGAGAGGCUGCCCCCGCUGUUGAAACCCCCGCCAGCGAUGAUGCUGAGGCUGGAGAGGACAAUGGUGAGGCCGCGCCUGCUGCGGGCGGUCUGAUGGCUGCUUUGCGAAAGAACAAGGCCAAGAAGGCAAAGAAGGGAAAGGCCAACGACUUUGUUGAGGGUGAGGACCCUGCUGCCGACCUCGAGAGCAAGCAACCCGAGGAAGGUACAUUCGAUGAGGACGAUGUGUUUGCUGGAAAGCCUAAGAAGGCUGUCAAGGAGGCGGCCGCUGCUCCUGCUGAAGAAGCCGAGGAGGAAGGGUUCCGCGUGAAGUCAAAGAAGGAGAAGGAGAAGGAGAAGAAGGAGCGUGAGAAGCAACGUAAGAAGGAACAGGCCGCUUUGAAGAAGAAGACCGCCCCCGCUCCCAAGGAUGAACCCGCUAAGCCCGCCGCAAAGGCUGAGAAGGAAGAGGCUGCUGCCGCUGCCCCUGUGGAAACCGGUGGCAAGAAGAAGAAGCUUCCCCCUCAUUUGGCCGCUCUCCAGAAGCAGCAAGAGCUGCUCCGUCAACAGCGUGAAGAGGAGGAUCGCCUCGCCGAGGAGGAGAAGAAGGCUGCUGAAGCCCAGAAGAAAUUAGACGACGAGGAAGAAGCCAAGCGUGAAGAGGCCCGCCAGAAAAAGAAGGAACGUGAGCGUGAACGCAAGGAACAGCUGCGUAAGGAGGGUAAGCUUCUGACCAAGGCUCAGAAGGAGGCCAAGGACCGCAACGAGAAGCGUCUGCAGCAGAUGCUUGCGUCCGGUAGUAACGUUGCAGUUGCUGGACUUCAGGAUGGCGGCGCAGAGAAGAAGCGCCCUACUUAUGAUAACCGUAAGAAGAAGGGCGGUAAGAAACAACAAGAGGAGGUUGAUCUUGAAGCUGCUGCCGAGCGGGCUCGCCUGCAGCGCGAAGCUGAAGAUGCACGCCGCAAAAAGGAAGCCGAGGAGAAGGCUAAGGCUGAAGCUGCCGCUGCCGCCGCUGCUGCUCAGGCACCUGAGGAGGAGGCAGAUGUUGAUGACUGGGAGAAGGCCGCCGAGGAGGAAGAUGAUGAUCUUAAAGAUAGCUGGGAUGCCCCCACUGAUGACGAAGAAGAAAAGCCCAAGGCUGCUGCUACCAAGGGUGCUUCCGAGGAAGAAAAGAAGAGCGAGGAUGAUUUCGAGGAUGACUCUGAGGAUGACUCUUCCUCUGAAGAUGACUCCGAGGACGAGGAGCAGACUGCUGCCCAGAAACUUGUCGCUCAGCGAAAGGCCGAAGCUGCCGAGCGCAGACAGAAGCAGCACGAGGAGGCUCUUGCAGCUCGCUCGAAAGAUAACCUUCGUUCUCCCAUUUGCUGUAUUCUGGGUCACGUCGAUACUGGUAAGACUAAGUUGCUGGAUAAGAUUCGUCAGACCAAUGUGCAGGAGGGAGAAGCUGGUGGUAUUACUCAACAGAUUGGUGCUACAUACUUCCCUGUCGAUGCCUUGAAGACGAAGACUGCCGUUGUGAACAAGGAUGGCAAGUUUGAAUUCAAGAUCCCCGGUCUCUUGAUCAUUGAUACACCUGGUCACGAGUCCUUCUCCAACUUGCGUUCAAGAGGUUCUUCUCUCUGUAACAUUGCCAUUCUGGUCGUUGAUAUCAUGCACGGUCUCGAGCCCCAGACUUUAGAGUCUAUGCGUUUGCUGCGUGACCGCAAGACUCCUUUCAUUGUGGCCCUGAACAAGAUUGAUCGUCUGUACGGCUGGAAGAAGAUUGACAACAACGGUUUCCAGGACAGUCUGGCUAUGCAGAACAAGGGUGUUCAGAACGAAUUCCGUACUCGUCUUGAAGCCACAAAGGUUGCCUUUGCCACGCAGGGUUUCAACUCCGAGCUGUUCUACGAGAACAAGUCCAUGGCCAAAUACGUGUCUCUGGUCCCCACAUCCGCUCACACUGGUGAGGGUAUUCCUGACAUGCUGAAGCUGCUCACUACUCUCACCCAGGAGCGUAUGACUAACGCUCUUAUGUACCUUUCUGAGGUUGAGUGUACCGUUCUGGAAGUCAAGGUCAUCGAGGGUCUCGGUACCACUAUUGACGUUGUGUUGAACAACGGUAUCCUGCGUGAGGGUGACCGAAUCGUACUUUGCGGUCUUAACGGUCCCAUUGUAACAAAUAUUCGAGCUCUGCUCACACCCGCGCCCCUCAAGGAACUGCGUCUCAAGUCUCAGUAUGUGCACAACAAGGAGGUCAAGGCCGCUCUUGGUGUCAAGAUUGCCGCCAACGACCUGGAGAACGCCAUUGCCGGUUCCCGUCUGUUGGUCGUUGGUCCUAAUGAUGACGAGGAGGAUCUAGAGGAAGAGGUCAUGUCCGAUCUGGAGAACUUGCUGAGCCGUGUCGCUACUGACAACCGUGGUGUCACUGUUCAAGCUUCUACUCUGGGUUCCCUGGAGGCUCUGCUUGAGUUCUUGAAACAAUCUAAGAUUCCUGUGGCCAACAUUUCCAUCGGUCCCGUCUACAAGCGCGAUGUCAUGAUGGCUGGAACUAUGUUGGAGAAGUCUAAGGAGUUUGCUGUCAUGCUGUGUUUCGAUGUCAAGGUUGACAAGGAAGCUGCUGCUUAUGCCGCUGAUGUCGGUGUCAAGAUCUUCACUGCUGACAUCAUUUACCACCUGUUCGAUGACUUCACCAAGCACAUGGCCGAGUUGGCCGAGCAGCGCAAGGAAGAGAGCAAGUUGAAUGCUGUCUUCCCCUGUAUUAUCGCCCCUGUUGCCAUCUUCAACAAGAAGGAUCCUAUUGUCAUUGGUAUUGAUGUUCUUGACGGUGCCCUGCGCAUGCAUACUCCAUUGUCUGCUGUCCGAACCAAUGCUGAGGGCAAACGAGAGGUCAUCGACCUUGGUAGAGUUACAUCUAUCGAGCGUGACCACAAGGCCAUCCCCAUCUGCAAGAAGGGUCAACCCUCCGUUGCCAUCAAGAUCGAGGGUCCCAACCAACCGCUGUAUGGCCGUCACCUUGAAGAGAAGGACCACCUCUACUCCAAGAUCUCCCGUAAGAGUAUCGACACACUGAAGGAGUUCUACCGUGAUGAAGUGACGAUGGAAGAGUGGGGCUUGGUGAAGAGGCUCAAGCCCGUCUUCGAUAUUCCUUGA